AUGCCUACACUCGGAGUUUGCCUCUGGUGGUGCUCUAACAACUACUGCGGUUACAGGCCUCCCUAUCCGUCGCCGACAGAGAUUGCUUUUCUCGCUCUGGAGCCUAGACAGAAUGCAGGUUCGGCCUCUUCUGAAUCAUCCCAGAGCUAUUCAGGCCAAGAGCCGCAGUCCGAGGUCAACGCGGAUGCAGCGGCGUUAACAGAUGGCAAAAGAUACGCGCAGCAGUUUGAUUGUGCAGUUGUUUCCAACGUGGCGACAACGCCUCUCUUCAAGCACUGCGGGGUUCUCGCAGAUCCACCACCGAGAAGAAAAUCUCGGCUGCCCGGCGAGGUCGAAUCCAGUGAUGAGCCUGUGCAGCAAAGUGGUGAAAAAGUUAUCAAGGAGACUCUAGGCUGCAGUACCCCUGUUUGCGGGGACGCGCCAGCGGAACCCUCUUUUCUUGAACGCUGCCUCAAGCCGACCGCACUUGUGUGUGUAGAAACUUUCAAGUGA